CCUCGCUGGCUACCCGGCAUCCACCCCCGCCGCCACCCAGCGCGGACGGGGCGGGGGGCGGGUGUGCGUCCUGCAGGACGAUAUAAAUGGGCCUGCGAGUGGGAGGGAGGUGAGCUCGCAGCAAGCGGAGACGGAGCGGGUCCGACCACUGAGCCCAGAGGAGGGAGAGGACGAGAACCAGGAGGAGGACUCCGCAGGGGCCGCCGCCGCCGCCGGGCAGAAUGGCCACAGAUCUACAGCUGCAGGCAUGCGACCUGGAAUGCGAGCGCAACAACCAGGACCACCGGACAUCUGACAUCGGCUGCCAGCAGCUCAUCGUACGGAGGGGGCAGCCCUUCCUCAUUACGCUGCACUUCGCCGGGAGGGGUUAUGAGGAAGGCGUGGACACCCUCACGUUCACUGCGGAGACAGGGCCUUGCCCCAUUGAGACCUCAGGGACCAGGUCAGCCUUUCCUCUCUCUUGCUCGCUGGAACAGGCCGCCUGGAGCUCAGCAGUGGAGAGCCAGGAUGGGGCCUCCCUCUCCGUCUCCCUCUCCUCCCCGCCUAAUGCCCGGAUUGGCCGCUACCGCCUGACCAUGGAGGCCUCCACAGACCACCAAGGCUCCAGCUUCCCCCUUGGGGAAUUCAUCUUGCUCUUCAACCCUUGGUGCCCAGCGGAUUCCGUCUUUCUCGAGAGGGAAGAGGAACGCAACGAGUACGUCCUCACUCAGCAUGGCCAAAUCUACCAGGGCUCAAAGGAGUACAUCUAUUCCAUCCCAUGGAACUUCGGGCAGUUUGAAGAUGAAAUUGUGGACAUCUGCCUCCAGCUGUUGGACACCAACCCCAAGUUCCUCCGGAACCAAGACAAGGACUGCUCCCGUCGCAACAGCCCUGUCUAUGUCAGCAGGGUGGUGAGUGCCAUGGUGAAUUGUAAUGAUGACCAAGGCAUCGUGUUUGGGCGCUGGGACAACAAGUAUGAGGAUGGAGUGAGCCCCAUGACCUGGAAUGGGAGUGUGGACAUCCUCCAGAGGUGGCGGAAGUAUGGGUGCCAGCCCGUCCGAUAUGGGCAGUGUUGGGUCUUUGCUGCUGUGGCCUGUACAGUGCUCCGGGGCCUCGGAAUCCCCACCCGCGUGGUGACCAAUUACAACUCUGCCCACGAUACCAAUGGCAACUUGAUCAUAGAGCAGUACUUGGACGAGAACGGGAGGUUGCAGCAGGGAAACCGGGACCUCAUAUGGAAUUAUCACUGCUGGGUGGAAUGUUGGAUGGCCCGUCCAGAUCUCCCAGCUGGCUAUGAUGGUUGGCAGGCUUUGGACCCAACGCCUCAGGAAAAGAGUGAAGGAGUGUAUUGCUGUGGUCCUUGUCCAGUCAAAGCCGUCAAAGAGGGACACCUCAAGUUGAAGUACGACGUCAAGUUUGUCUUUGCCGAGGUCAAUGCAGACGUGGCUUAUCUGAUGCUCCAGAGUGACAUGUCCCGAAGGAAGACCAUGUCCUCCACUGUGGUGGGCAGGAACAUCAGCACCAAGAGCAUUGGCAGGGAUGCCAAGGAGGACAUCACCCACCACUACAAGUACCAUGAAGGUUCCGAGGAAGAGAGGGAAGUGUUCACCAAGGCCAAGCACCACAAGGUCCCCGCACCAACCGAGGAGGGCUUGAAAAUCAGGAUCAAAGUCUCAGAGGGGAUGAAUAACGGCUGUGAUUUUGAUGUCUUUGCCGUCAUCAACAACAACACGGAUGCCGAGCGGCUCUGCCGCCUGAUGUUUGGUGCCCGCGCGGUCAGCUACAAUGGGACGCUGGGGCCGGAGUGUGGCUGCAAGGAUCUGCUCAACGUCACCCUGGAGCCACAUGCAGAGAGGAUGAUCCCCCUGCGCAUCCUGUAUGAAAAGUACGGCGACUGUCUGACGCAGGACAACAUGAUCAAGGUGAUGGCUCUCCUCACGGAGUACGAGACCAAAGAGGCCGUCCUCAGCGUCCGGAACAUCCAUGUGAAAAACCCAGAUAUCAAAGUCAGGAUCUUAGGAGAGCCUGCUCAGAAGCGCAAGCUGGUGGCCGAGCUCAGCCUGACCAACCCUCUUCCCAUCCCCCUGAGUGGCUGUGUCUUCACAGCAGAAGGUGCCGGCCUCACGGACGGACAGAAGACCCAGGAGCUGGACUCCACCAUCGGGCCGGGCGAGGAAGCCAAAGUACGGGUGGACUUUGUCCCGCGGCAAGCAGGCCUCCGGAAGCUGGUAGUGGACUUCGAGAGCGACCGGCUGAAGGGGGUGAAGGGCUACCGGAAUGUCAUCAUUGCCCCCCUGCCCAAGUGAAGCCCCCCCCAAGGGGGGAGGGGAGGGCUGCUUUGCUGGCCUUGCCCACGCCCACCGUGAAGAGCCUCUUGUCCUGCCGGAAGCGAGAGGAUCCCCACAGCAAAGGUGCCCAACGAGAGCCGCUUUCGUAGAGACCCCACCCCCCACUCCGCCAUGGGAAAAUGUUGCAGGUUACCCCCACCCCACCCCACCCCACCCCUAGUGCUUUUUUCACAGGGUUUAAUCGGAAAUUGGAAAGUCCAGAACUGAACCAACCAUUCUAGAAGGAACUUUGACAAAAUGUGAAGGGGUGUUGCUAUCACUGAGCGGAUGGGUUCAAAGAACCUGGGGGCCCCAGCCCCACCCGUCCCUGUUUUCUUCAUUAUCUCUCCCCCCCGAGGGGCCACUUGGGAGAGGGGUGAGCACGGGCCCCCUCUCCCCUAGCUACGCCUAUGGAUUCCACCAGGGAGGGAAAAAGCAGGAGGAAUGUCCAGGGGCGGGAGGUGCCUUAUUGCUGUUUGCUGGUAGCAACCGUGGGUAUCGUUUUUUUCUUUUUCUGGUCAAGGAGCAGGCCCGCACAUUUCGGCCACUGGGGCCAUCUCAGGGGACCAAGGCUCCUCGCGAGUUUUGCCAAUUCUACUCCCCUAGAGAUGGGAAAGAGGCGAGAGCAUGGUUGCCCUUAUAGCCUUCUCUGUGUCCGCACCUCUUCUUUAUCCCUUCCACACACCCCCCCCCCCAAACGAUUAGGGUAAAACUGUAGUCAGUUUUGCCCACUUCUGCAGAAACCCUUUUGCAAAGGGUUAGGGUCAGGGUUAGAAUAAUAACGAACCAAUGGUUGUGCUCUCUCCAUGGAGUAAUCUUCGGAGGACGUUCUUGCCAAUUUUCAUUUCCAUUCCUCUGAUAAGUUUUUAUAGCAGGGUUUUUUUGUGGGUUUUUCUUAGUAUUUUUGAAACUUUAAAAACCCCACUGCAAUUGGGCUGCUGUAGGCCUGAUGGUCAGGACAGUGCCCUGAAAACAGAAGUGUCUCUCUUCCAGCUCCCGGGAUGCAGACCCUGCUGUCAGAAAUCCCAAGGAGCAUUCAUCUCCCCCCCCAACCCCCCAGGUGGUCCUGGCCACCUGAGAUGGCUCAAGUGCCUUUGCAAGCAGCUGUCGAAAUAGUGCCGGAGGUGCCAAGCCGCCUCCUAGCACCCAGAUCCACUGGGCUGCCAUUUGUGCUCCCAGAAUGCCUCUGGAGUAAUGCUGCAUCGUGAUGACUCCGAGGAGAUUUCCAGGGCAGGGCAGGGAAGGUGGCUAGAUGGAGCCAAGCUGUGGGGGCGGGGGGGAGGAGGAGGCCGCCUGGCACUCCCAGUGCUCCUUCUGCUGGCACCUGCAAAAGUGCCUCUUGAACUGAAAAAGAAAGAAAAGGCAUGAAAGAGUUCCAAAAUGGCGGGGAGGGUGCCUGCCGCUGCCACCCCUGCCCAGUGGCCAGCUGCCUCCCACAAGACCUCCAUUGCUGUUCGUGCUGACCCCCUCCUACAGGCUGGGCCCCCGGCUACCAGACAUAAAGCAACAUCAGAACAGCCCUGCUGCGGGGUCAGGCCCAGGGAGACCCAUCUCGUCCAGCCUCCUGUUCCCCACAGUGGCCCAUCAGAUGCCCCCUGAGACGCCCACCGAGGGCAAGAGCUGAGGGCAUGAUUCCCUCUCUCCUGCUGUGGCUCCCCUGCAACAGGUAUUUAGAGGCAUAUUGCCUCUGAGGCUGGAGGUGGCCCACAGCCAUCAGACUAGUAGCCACCAUGAAUCUGUCCAAACUCCUUUUAAAGCCCUCCGAGCUGGUGGCCAUCACCACAUCCCGUGGCGGAUAAUUCCAUAGAUGAAUGAUGCGCUGUGUGAAAAAGGUCCUUCCUCUUGCCGGCCUUAAAUUUCCCGACCUUGACCAGCCUUAAUAGUCCUUGAGCUGAAGCAGCACACCCAGCUUGUAAACAAAAAGGCACAGCAGGGCAGGGCAGGCAGCCCCCAGCAGACGGACGGCUCUCGGUCCCCCUCCAGGGAGGCUUCGAGGGAAGCAGCCAUUGCCCGGUGAGGAGAAGACUGCCAGAGGUAGCCCCCGGCUUUGGCUCUUGGCCUCCCUGGCCAUUGGCUGCUGAGAGCUGGUUGCCAACUCCUUUUGCGGGCUGAAGCUCCUGUGCCUGGCAGCUGCGUGACAGACCGCAGGUCUGCAGGUGAAGCUUUAUCCCGGAAAAAGGGGUUGGCAGCAGCACUGCCAGGGAAUGACAACGGAAGGGAGAGCAGCUCUCCCGGUGGGCAGCAGGGCUGGAGCAGAAGGGCUGGGUGGAAGGGGAGGGAGGGAGAACCUAAGAACAGCCCUGCUGGAUCAGGCCCACGGCCCAUCUAGUCCAGCAUCCUGUUUCACACAGCCAGGAGGAGCGUUGGGCGGUGCCUGCACUUUGCUCCGGAAUGGGCUCCUGCUGGGAGAAGGGAAGAGAUGCUGGAUCCGCCCCAGCCAGCUCCCGGUCGCCUUGUGUCUUCUCGGGUUACAGUUGCUCCCUUCCCGAACCGAAGCGCUGCCGCCAGAGCCCGCCUGUUUGGCCGGAGAAAGAGGAGCCCCUGCGCCUGCUCUCUGGUGGGCAUCUGGAGCGGCAGCACAAGGGUGGGCAGCCUGAGGCUCCCCCGUAGAUUGCCGCUAGGGGUGGGGUGGGGUGGGGGGAGUUGGGGUCCCCGGACAGCUGGGCUACCACUGGCCACCCCUGCCCUUCAGUGUCUCCAGCACUCGGGUGGGGCGCAAGGGGGGCUUGUCAGCUCACAGGAGCCUUUUUCCCUGCUCCAAGAAAACAGAGCCUCAUUGACCUGAGCCACCCGACCCACGUAGCUUUCCCCACGCAGACUCCAGAGAUUGCGUUGUCCAGUUCCAGAAGGUCCCAGCUAUUCCCUGCCGAGAACCCCCUGCGCCUCCCUGUUGUGCACGGCUGUGUUUUUUUAAAAUAUAGAUAUAUAUAUGCCAGUCUCAGUGUAAAGGGACUGAAUAAUGUGAGCAAUCUAAAUGUAGAGAUCUAUUUUGCCUACUCUAAUAUAAGAAGCAGUCUUGAAUGUCUCAAAGUGGCAGUUGACUCACUUUCCUAACCUUUUCUAGCCAGCGUCCUUUGCAAAUCCUGUGUUUCUACAGCCGGAUGCUCCACGGAUGCAAAUGGACAAUGCCAUUGCUGAAUAAAGAGUUUGGUUUUGCAACUUCA